CUUGUUAUCUCUACUUCAUCUACUCUCCAUAGCAUAUUAGCAUAUCACAUCAUGCUUUGACUUGAGAUUUUAUAAAUGUCAAACCUCCGCCAAUCUCUCCAUCUAAAUUCCUGGAUUCUGACUUUGUAGAUCCAGAUUUCAAUACAAAAACUGACUCUUCUCUGUCUCUUUUUCUAUCCCCAGAAAUCUUGAUCUGGGUAUUGACCAUUUUUCCUUGUUUUGCUCUGUAAUGGCUCCAAAUACUGUUGUAGUCACCAUUGAGAAGGCUAACAACAUCUCCUUAGUCGAAAUCAAUGGAUCAGAUUCAUCGUCAUUGUUGCCUGAGAAACAAAAGGCAAUUAGUCCAAAGCAAUUCAGAUUUUUUCUUCUACUAAAAGCUCAUAAACUUGUUACUUGCAUUUCUUGGUUAGCCAUGGCUUUCAAGUCCAUAUUCUUCUCUGUCAAGAAACGUAUUGCGUUGAACGAUAUCGGUGAUGAAGAGAAAGUAGGCAGAGGAAAAAGGAUGUACAGAUUUAUCAAAGCUUUUUUGGUUAUAUCAAUAGUAGCAUUGAUGUUGGAAAUCAUUGCAUAUUAUAAGAAAUGGAAUUUGAAUCUGAUCCAACCAUGGGAGGUUCAGGGUCUUGUUCAAUGGUCUUACAUGGCUUGGCUUUCCUUCAGAGCUGAUUAUAUUGCUCCUUUGGUGAUAAUGCUUUCUAAGUUCUGUGUCGUGCUGUUCUUGAUUCAAUCGCUCGAUCGGCUAGUUUUGUGUAUUGGGUGUUUCUGGAUCAACUACAAGAAGUUGAAGCCUCAGAUUGAAGCAGAUGCUUGUGACCCAGAAAAUCCUUCAAGUUUCCCAAUGGUUCUAGUCCAGAUUCCAAUGUGCAAUGAGAGAGAGGUGUAUGAACAAUCCAUUGCUGCUGUCUGUCAACUUGACUGGCCAAAGGACCGGUUAUUGAUUCAAGUCCUAGAUGAUUCAGAUGAUGGAAAUCUGCAGCUUUUAAUCAAAGAAGAAGUCUCCUCAUGGCGCCAAAAAUCCGUCAACAUAAUCUACAGGCAUCGCCUAAUCAGAACAGGAUACAAAGCCGGCAAUUUGAAAUCUGCCAUGGGUUGUGACUAUGUCAAAGACUACGAAUUUGUUGCAAUCUUUGAUGCAGACUUCCAGCCAAACCCUGAUUUUCUCAAACAAACCAUUCCUCACUUCAAGGGAAAUCCUGAGCUGGGUCUAGUUCAGGCUCGCUGGACUUUUGUCAACAAGGAUGAGAACCUCCUCACAAGGCUUCAAAACGUUAACUUGUGCUUCCAUUUUGAGGUGGAGCAGCAAGUCAAUGGGAUGUUCCUCAAUUUUUUUGGAUUCAAUGGAACAGCUGGUGUGUGGAGAAUUAAGGCAUUAGAAGAAUCAGGAGGCUGGCUUGAGAGAACAACAGUUGAGGAUAUGGACAUUGCAGUUCGAGCACACUUGAAUGGAUGGAAAUUUAUAUUCCUCAAUGAUGUGAGGGUACUCUGUGAGUUACCAGAGUCCUAUGAAGCUUAUAAGAAGCAACAACAUCGGUGGCAUUCGGGUCCAAUGCAGCUGUUUCGCUUGUGUCUUCCUGCCAUCAUCACCGCCAAGAUUUCGAUCUGGAAGAAGGCAAACUUGAUCUUUCUGUUCUUUCUUCUGAGAAAACUUAUACUUCCCUUCUAUUCCUUCACAUUGUUUUGUAUUAUACUUCCACUGACAAUGUUUAUACCCGAAGCAGAACUACCUCUUUGGGUAAUUUGUUAUGUACCCAUUUUCAUGUCGCUCUUGAACAUCCUCCCUGCACCAAAAUCCUUCCCUUUCUUGGUCCCUUACCUACUCUUCGAGAACACAAUGUCAGUCACAAAAUUCAAUGCCAUGGUUUCAGGACUAUUUCAGCUUGGAAGUGCUUAUGAAUGGGUAGUGACAAAGAAAACAGGCAGGUCAUCAGAAUCAGACCUAUUAGCCUUCGCCGAGAAGGCCGCAAAUGAGGAGAAGAUUCUGCGGAGAAACUCCGAGUCUGGAUUAGAAUUGCUAAGCAAACUCAAUGAGCAAAAAGCCCCUAUUGUGAAGAAGAGAAACAGAAUAUACAGGAAGGAGCUUGCAUUGGCUUUUCUUCUACUCACUGCAGCUGCAAGAAGCCUGUUGUCUGCCCAUGGAGUUCACUUCUACUUCUUGUUGUUCCAAGGCUUGUCAUUUCUUGUUAUGGGCUUAGACUUGAUCGGUGAGCAAAUGAGCUGAAAAAUAUACACAUUCAAGCAGUUGCUUAUGGUGGUUAUACUCAGAGAGAGUUUCAUGGCCAUUAAAAACUUGAAUUGAAAUAGGAUUUCAUCAAAGGAGUAAAGGACUAGCUUGCUUUAUGACCUGCACAGCUCUGGAGAAGUAUUUACGACACAUCGAACAAGUUUCUUUAAAUGGCGAUGGAGUACAUUUUGAUCCAGACUUUAUUUUGUACAAUCAUAUAUAUGUUAUCUCUCAAUCUCUGUUUGAAUAAGGAGAAACGAGAUAUUCAAAAAUCAAAUCACAACGAAAGACAAAAAGAACGAAGAAGAAACAACCGAGUGUUUA